GUUUGUAUUGCUAGAGCGCAGUCUUGAAAUGUGCACGAUCUGCUAGUUCUCUUCUGCCCCACAUCAAUGGUUAAUUAGUUGUAGUUCACAAGUGUAAAUCAUUUGUGUGAUUGAAGUAUAUAUUUGUGUUUUGUUUUUGAUUUGCAAAAUAUCUCAGGAACGUAAAGCUAGCUGGCUAACAUUUAUAAUUUGUGGAGAACACACUAACGUGCGAUUUGCUUGUCGAGUUUAAGGAAAAGCUAGGCGCUGGGAGUGCAAGCAACUAGCAAGCAAUAAACAAGCACGCGGUCCGCAGCUAGCUUGCACCGAACGCAAUGGCGACUGAAGUCGAGACUUGGACUGGCGCUGCUCAGCACGAUGGUGUGUUUUCCUUCGAUCAGGAGCGCGGCGAGGCGGACGGCUCCCUCGGGGACGAGCUGCUGAACGAGACGGAGGUGAACGGGAACUGGACGCCGCAGGAGAAGGCGCUGCACGAGGCCCGUCUCAAAGCCAAGGCCAAGCGGCGCCUGCGCAAGUCCUCCUCUCGAGACUCCACCCGCGAGUCGCUCUCCGAGUCCGUCAGCGGCGAGCUGGGCGCUGACCCCCACAGCCCCAAGGGCAAACUCAACGCCAAUGACCGCAAGUCCAGAACCGGCAAAGGCCGGGGGCUGCCGAAAAAAGGUGGCGCUGGAGGAAAGGGGGUGUGGGGAGCUGCAGGGAUGGUCUACGAGAUGGAGGAGCCAGACGCCAAGGACCCCAACUACGAUGAAGCUGCACAGGGAGACACCAUAUUCGCCAAAGUGGUGCCAGAGUUGAAUGAGCAGGAGCUGGAGAAGAUGGUGAACCCCAUAGUGCAGGAGUACUUUGAGCACGGAGACACCAAAGAAGUGCAGAUGCUGCUGAAGGAGCUGAAUUUAGGGGCGCACAAGUACGAGUUCUCCUCCAUGGCCGUGUCCUUGUCCCUGGAGGGCAAAGCCAGCCACAGGGAGCUCACCUCACGCCUGCUGUCGGACCUCUCCGGAAAGAGUCUCUCCGAUCGCGACAUGGCGCGCGCUUUUGACCGAAUGCUCAAAGAGCUGCCUGACCUCAUACUGGACACGCCUGAAGCCCCACAGAUGCUGGGCCAGUUCAUAGCCAGAGCCAUCGCUGACCACGUGCUCCCCAUGAGUUUCCUUGACCACUACAAAGGCAAAGUGGACUGUGACCAUGCCAGAGCUGCACUGGACAGAGCAGCGGUCCUCCUCUCCAUGAAGAGGGAAAUCGUGAGGCUAGAUAAUGUGUGGGGCGUGGGAGGUGGCCAGAGACCUGUGAAGCAUCUCAUCAAAGAGAUGAACCUCUUGCUGAAGGAGUACCUGGUGUCCGGGGACCUGGCUGAGGCGGAGCGCUGCCUGCGGGACCUGGAGGUGCCCCACUUCAACCAUGAACUCGUAUACGAGGCUGUGAUCAUGGUUCUGGAGUCCACAGGAGACAAGGCCAUCCAGAUGAUGGUCAAACUUCUUCAGGCCUUUUGGAAAACGGGCUUGAUCACUCUGGACCAGAUGAAUCGGGGCUUCCAGAGAGUGUACGAUGAGCUCCCAGAGAUCAACCUGGACGUGCCUCAUGCCCACUCCAUCAUGGAGUCGCUGGUGGACCUCUGCUACCAGGAGUCCGUCAUCACCAAACAGCUGAGAGAUGCCUGUCCCUCCAGGGGGCGUAAACGCUUUGUGAGCGAGGGUGACGGAGGGCUCGUGAAGAGCUAAACUGGGGGCGGUGCGAUCUGGCAUUCCCACCCCCUUAGCCCACUCCCCAGGUCCCAGGCUGGGUAGGCCCGGGGUGUCGUCAGGCUCCACUCUCCUGCCCCCCCGUCAUCAGCACCACCACCACCACCACCUCCAUCCACACAGCCGCCCACACAUCCACCCCAGCAAUGGCGGCAGCUGGAGUCAGACCUGCUCAAGGAGCUUCUGGAACACCUCCGUUAUCUUCUCUCCGGUGCCGUUCAGUUCAUACUUUUGUUUUGUUUUGUGAAAAGAAAAUCGUUUUGUUUUGGAGAGGGCUUUGUGGGUCCUUAUUGGUUUGGGUUUCUCAUUGGUAUUGUUGGGGAUGGGGCUGGUGGCCGCUCCUGGGUGGGGUGUGUGAGCUGCAGGCGUGUGGCGUGGUUGAGCUGGGGACGGGGUGAUGGUGCACGGGGUGGGGGUGACUCUGGGCCCUGGUGCCGGGGGAUGGAGGGUUUUUUUUUUCCUGGCUUCUGUUUGCUUUGCUACAGUGAUGUCCUCUUUUGUUUUGUUCUUUGCUUUGCAUGUAUAACGCAAAAAAGCACUUAAACAUAUUUUUGAGAAAAAGAAAAAAAAAAACACAAAUGAAUGAAUGGAAGAAAUGCGCCUGGACAUUAAAAAUGUACUUUGUUCCUGAGAACCCAAUCUCUGGGCCACGCUAUAACACCUCUGGGUGUUCUAUUCACUUAUCUAGGGAUCAGCUCUUCCUCUUUGAUUUAAUAACUGCUGUCAGUCGAAGGCCUUACGGCCCAGUCCAAAAUAAGAUGUCAAACUGUGAAAUAGUAUUUUUUUAUUACUGAAGAUCGCUUACCAGAUCCAAACCAAAUCUGUUUUUGUAAACUGUACAUCAGUUCACUUAGUCUGAAGCCCUCACCAUUUUCAUCUUUUCUAAAUGAAUGCUGGAUUUUUGUCCUGUGAGAACGUUAUGAACUAAAGUAAUUUCAGAUACUGUCCUUAUUUACAGUCCUAAUUAAUUUACACCUGACAUACCAAUUGUAGGAUCAGAAAAGACGUAACAUUUUAAAAACACAUUCUGAGCAGACAAACCCCCCCCCCCAAUUCCCCUCCCACACACACACACACCACCCCCCAAAUGGAGAAGCAGUCUGUGUGGACUCAGCGGCAUGUAGAGGCUCUCCAGUGCUCGAGUCCUUGAUGAUGCAAGAGGGCUGGGGGUGGUGGGUUUCAAGUGGUUAAUAAUUUGCGUCAACCACCAUGCUUGUUUACAAAAUGCAAAUGUUGUUUCCCCGAGUGUGUGUGUGUGUGUGUCUCCUGUAGCAAUAAACAGCCUGUAGUAAGCUUUUAGGAUUGGUCAUGUCCCUCGGGGUUUGGGAAGGCAAAGUAGUGUAGGCAAUGCACGUCAAUCUCAACAGGUAGUCACCAUCACUGAGGCAUGCGCUGCAUUCCACAGCCCUCCCCGUUGGUAAGACCUUUCCUUCUAAGAAUGUUUGUCUUUCAGUGAGUUCUUUUCUGCCUGUUUAGAGAGGGCUGAUCUCUCAAGUGUGUAUGUGUGUGUGUGUGCGUGUGUUUCAUAGACAUUCAUGUACUUGGGCUGAAAUUCUGAAGUUUAAGGACACUGACUGGCUUCAAAAUCAAUGAGGAACAAGCUGUGGUCCCACCCACAAGAAAAAAAAAUCUAUAUAUUGGUACAGGUGUGAAGUUUACUUAACAUUAAAGUCCCACAGCGGAGAAUGAAAAGAUAUCAAACAACAUAUUCUGAAUAAGUGAACUGAUUAUAGUUGUGAAAUCACUGUACUGUUUCCAGUAUGUCUGUUAAAGUUCAAUCCAUCUACUAGAUGCAUUUGUGGUGUCAAGCUCUUUUGGCAUGUGAUGUCAAUAAGUCAUAACCAAAAAACUUGCCUGUUUUGUAAAUAAGCCCCAUCUUUGUAUUACUUUGUUCAUGGGAAACAUUUUUUUCUUUUCUUUUUUGAAGCAGAAGCAUUAUUUUUGAAUAGCUCAUACUGUUACAGAAUCCCAGCAUUACCAAUACAGGUCAUUUUGACACUGUAAUUGUUUCAAUAAAAGUUCAUUGCUCUUGGA